AUGUCCGAUUCGAACAGCGUUGAUCGCACUCUGUCAAGCGACAUCACAUCCAGCGAAUUCUCUUUUGGCGACUACACAUCGAUCGCAAGUUCGACAAGCAUCCGGGCAGCGGCUGACUCCUCCGAAUUUUCGGUACAGAAUGAUGCUGGACACGCCCACAUCUUCAUCGAACGUCCCACUUUCCUUACCGACACGCGAAUCGAAAACCCCGCGAUCGCUGAGAUCGAGCAUCUCCGCCAACGAUUUCGCCAGAUGAUCAUGGAGGGAAACAGUCCUGCGAGCACUCCGAACCCGAGUGACUUGCUCAAGGCGCUUGGCAGUCGCGAUGAUCCCGUGCGCAAGAUGGCGGCUUUCAAGCUGCAGAGUCUCAUUAACGACCCUUCGUUCGCUGAGAUGUUCGUGUCGUCAGGUGGCCUGCCAAAAUUGCGGCUACUUGUCCUAGAGAGCAGCGGUAAUACAUUAGCGUACGGACUGGCUAGCUUUGCGCGAUUGCUGGACGUGGACCAGGGAUGGGAGGCCGUCGACAAUGCUGUGGUCGAGAAAGUCAUGGAACUUGUGGUCUGCCAGCCGCUUGUCAAUAUCCUGCGAGGUGCUAUGGCUAUCCUAGUGGCUGUCGUCUCGCGACCCUACAAUGAGGAGCAGAACGGAGAGAGCGACCACAGUAAAAAGCAAGUAGGAGGAUUCGCAGCGCUCAAGCCGGCUCUUGCUACUUACCCACAGUUCCUUGAGAUGCUGGUCAGCAGGUUGUCUUCCGCUGACCACGCUCUUUGUGCAAAUGCCCUUCAGCUCAUCAACUCACUCAUGCGUGAUGCCAUCACGAAUGAUGCUGAGACCGAAUGGCCAAAGUUCAUCAAGAGGAUUCAGGAUCUUGGCGUUAUCAAGGCUGUCUACCUGCUUAUGAAAGGCACGGCCCUGCAAGAUCUCUCGCAUCCAUUGCUCGAAUUCCAAGCAUUGACCAAGAUCCUCCUCCGUCGCUGGAGAGAUGUCCCAGUCGACCUUCAAAAGCCCGAACAUCGCCGGACUAUCAAAGCGAUCCAUCUCUCGAGCAAUCCCGAAAAGAGCAAACCUAGCGAUGCAGGCUCGGGUGAAGAAGAACCACGAAAAGGCCAUCAUCCGUUCAAGUGGCGGCGCUUAGGCUUCACAUCCGAGCAACCAGAGAAUGACUUUGAGGCCACGGGAUUCUUGGGCCUAAUGGACCUGAGUGACUGGAUCCGACGCAGUCAAGAAGAGUUCCAGCACUAUCUCCUGGAGCAAGCACUCGCGCCAGAAGACAGUCGCGCUCCGCUGGCACAAGUCAGUCUAACAAUGACACAGGUCCUGUUCGAGCAUUUUGAGGUCGAUAGGAAUGAAGAGGAGGAGUCAAAGAACUACCUCGCUCUCGAAAGCCGGUCACAGAACAACGAGAAGAUAUUCAAGCCGUUGCUUUUGCAUUGGAGUCGACUUCAUGUCGCCGGUCUGUACGCCUUUCUUCGGCUCUGGAAAGCCGCAGGAGCCAACACUGGUGAUUUCACGAAGAUCGCUGACCUUGUUCGCAUUCUGAUCGAGAGCGUUGUCGGUGGCGCUGAUCGCAGCAAAAGUAUUGAAGAGAUCGAGAAAGAAAUGGCUGCAACAGACUUGAAGAGCCUGCGUCAACUCCAGAUGGAGAUUAUGGACUUACAAUUCGACGAUAUUUGGGGUCACCAUCUACAGCCGUCCAAGGAUGAGCUCUUAAACGAGGCCACUCAGUUGCUGUGCGAACAGCGAAUACGUUGCAUGCUGGCUGGCCAGUGGUUCCCUAUUGACCUAGAAUAUCCCGACCACGAGAACGGCGGUCCGGUCCAGCAAGACAACCUACAUGCACAUUCCACAUACUGGCGGUUCAUCAGACUGGCGGCCGAUCGUCGCUACCUGCACUGGGGCGACUUUGAAGCUCGCGAGGACCCGUGGCCUACCGUUGACCAGCUUUCCGACAAAGUCGACACCACAAUCAUUACCUCAGUGACCUCUGGCAUUGGCGAAGUAGGCGACGACAAUUCUGAUGACGAUGGCGCAACAAAAGAAGGGACAAUCAAUCGUGUUCUCAUCAACGGCAUCCUCCCUUCAUCGCGUGGGAAGGAUUCUGGCCAUGCGCGUAACGUGUCGAAAGUAUCAAAGACUUCGAAGCAUUCGAAUCGUCAGACUGAGCGUGAGACGGUCUUGUUGUCGUUCAUGCCGACGAGCAAACAGGUCGCUUCCGAAUGGGUUGAUGGUUUGCUGUUCGUCCUCAGCCAGCAAGCUAUCACUGCGCCGACCAAUAAAUACAUCAACCUCAUUGCUGAUAUGGCGUUGAAGACUCGGCUGCUCAAUCUACGAUACAAUGAGGAGGACGGCAUGAUCGGCGGUAUGCAGGGAACGGAGAUGCCGGAGAUUCCGAGUCGAGAGGGUCUCGACGAGAAUUAUUACUAUCAAAUUUGA